UCCCAUUGGAAACGACAGGCUCUGGUCUAUCUUGGGUUUGCUAUAAUAAUCUUUGGUAGUUGCACUUCAACUCGACUGAAAAGGAGAGAAACGAAAGCAGGUUGGAAAUUACUGAGAGAGGAGGGGGGAAACAGAAGGGGGACAAGAGGGGGUAUUUUUUUUUUUAAAUCAAUCACCUUAGUCACCGGGACUUUCGGAUCACGGGCUCCUACGAAUGAGUGGGUAGCCCAGUGCGACGUUUGAUGGAAUAGUUGCAGACAAUUGCCUUUCUCCUCAGGUGGUGCUGAUCGAAACAAGGGCGAGGAGGGGGACCUCGUAACACACUCACCAAGAGGAAGUCCGGAGUACCGCAGUGUUUUUGGAGGGCCUAUUCGAUUUCCUUGGUCUAUCAACAGCCCCCGCCCCUCUGACCCGGAAUUUAAUAGUAAUCGAUAGGAAUAAGAAAUCGAUAAUGUUCACAUUUUGUGACAGCUACAAUUAAGAAGUAUACGGCUUGUCAUACAAUUUACUUUCCAAACCUUUGGGUACAUAUUUGAACUUUAAACUCUGAGCAGUAAGUUAUUAGCAGCAAUCCUCAUAGUUACUGAUUUGUCACCAAGAAUAAGCUUAUUGUUGCCAGUUUAUUUGACAGACCGACACAUUCGUUAAGCAUUGAUUUGAUCCUGACUGCUCAGGGUGAGCUUCAUAUUUCACACCAUGUCCAUUGAUAGUUAGUUGCAGGGUUACACCUGAUUAAGCAAAUAAAUCAAGUUGAAAGCUGCAUGGUUUUGACAUUAAGGAAGUAAUACGGGACGUACUGAAGAACCCAACCAUUUUUUUUAUUUAUUUGACAAGGAAUAUUUAUGCACUGUUUUCAUGAUGGGGAAAAUGCUUUCGAAAAUCUUUGGCAACAAGGAGAUGAGAAUAUUGAUGCUUGGACUUGAUGCUGCUGGAAAGACCACCAUCCUUUACAAACUGAAACUUGGACAGUCAGUCACCACAAUUCCCACUGUUGGUUUCAAUGUCGAGACUGUCACCUACAAAAACGUAAAAUUCAAUGUAUGGGAUGUUGGAGGCCAAGAUAAGAUCCGUCCCCUGUGGCGACACUACUAUACGGGCACUCAAGGGUUAAUCUUUGUUGUGGAUUGUGCAGACAGAGAUCGCAUUGAUGAGGCGAGGCAGGAACUCCAUCGCAUCAUUAAUGACCGUGAAAUGAGGGACGCCAUCAUCUUGAUUUUUGCCAAUAAGCAGGACCUGCCAGAUGCCAUGAAGCCGCAUGAAAUCCAAGAGAAACUAGGAUUGACCCGCAUCAGAGAUAGGAAUUGGUAUGUUCAGCCCUCCUGUGCGACCACGGGAGACGGACUAUAUGAGGGGUUGACAUGGCUAACAUCAAAUUACAAAUCUUAAUGAUUGAGUGAUGACUAUUUUUAGAAUACUUUUUUUUUAUUUUAUACUUUGAAGUUAAGUUAUUUAACUUCUAAAAUGAAUACAAUAAAUAAGUUUUGAUUUAUCCAUUUAUUUGAUUACAAUGAUCCUAUAGCUAAUUUAUCUUUAUAAACUGGGUUUGCUGGUUUAUAGGUUGCCUCUACUCUGUAGCAAGCUUAUGUCACAUACUUUUUUGUGGCUUGAUGAAUACACAAUUAAAUGGGUUCAUAAUUCAAAACUUGAGUUUACUGCCUUUGCCUAUUCUUUACCCCAUUUUUAAUAGAUUUUCUAAUGGAGCUGGAUUUUAAUAUUUUAAUUUGGGCUAAGGCUUGGUUAUGCUUUUAAGACACACUUGGAUUGAUUGAGUAACAAGUGUCAGUUUCCUAGUUUUUCCUUUCAGAACUAAAGUCUGUUUAGUCAAGCUUGUUCUGUACAACUAGCUACAACACCUUUUUUAUAUUAAACAUGUUUUAAUACAGAAACCCAGUAGCAAAUUGAGGUAUCCCAUGUCUUACAUUUCAUUUUCAGUAUUCUGGACAUUGUGACAAUUAUGUCUGAAAAUACAUUGUGUAGUGCUUGGACUAACCAUCUGGAACACAUUUGCACAAGUGAUUCCCUUCAGUGGGCUAUAUUGUGAUGUAUCCCAAAUUGUGCUCAAGCAUAAAACUGAAACAGGCUUCUGGUAACUCAAACAUGCUUUUUUAGAAUGCAGGCUUUGUUAAUGGGGAGCCUAACAUUGAUGGUUAUGUAGCCAAUUGACUCAAUAUUCCAACGGAAUAUCAUUCAGCUCUGAGAUCUCAACCUACUACCAUUAAUAUGUCUCAGGAUACGAGACCUAUCACUUGACUAAAUCUGCAGCAUGAGUACAGAAGUACAGUAACCCUACAGCAAAGUGGACCUUGUCAUUCAAUGGGAGAGAACAGCUCCCUGGUGAAAUAAGUCAUCUUUUGGUUCAGCUUUCUUACUCAUGUUGACUUUGAGAACCAUGUACAGAACAAUGUCAUUGUAAUGUCUAAUAAAUAAUAAAGUCAUGUUAAAUGCUUAA